GCUUUCUUGAGAUGAAUUCUAUUAUCGAUGAGUCACCCCAGCAAGUGAGGAGAAGUAAGUGCAACAAGUGGUGUGGUUCCAGGAAUUCUGGCGGAUGCAAAAAACUAUCUUGAGUUUUUUUACUAAAGUAUGCAAUAAAAAUACCAACUUAGGGGUUCUGGUUCACCAACAAUUCCCUAGAACAAAGUGUAUAAAAAAACAGCAUUAUACACACGACCAACGCCAGAAGUCUGGAUCCGCAAAAUGAGUCAAAGAUCGCACGACUUUACUGCUUCGCUUCCCUUAUCAGAUUUGUUUCCCGAAGAAAUUCAGCAAGAAUUGUUUUCUCAGGUAGGAUCUCAAGAAAUAAAUGAUCUUCUUGUUGGGGAAAUGCCUGGGAACCUGAUGAUGGUGGACGGUUAUGGAAACGAAAUCUACAAUCAUAACGAGUUGAUUCAUGACGAAAAUUCGUUGAAAACCGAAGAUUUGGAUUCGAAAAACGAUUUUAUGGUCCAAAUGGCGCGACAGCUACCACCUCUGCCUACUAACGAAGUGCUUUCAAACGAAGAAUAUGUGGGUCCACAUGAUUUUGAAGUUUCGGUGGUGCCAAACCACAAAUCCAAGUACCCGUGGGUGUAUUCUGGAAUCUUAAAUAAAGUAUUCAUGAAAAUGAAUCAGCAAUUCCCAGUUGAUUUCAAAUUGAAAAAUCGUCCUGACAGGAGCUUGUUCAUCAGAAUAACUCCUCAGUAUUCUGCACACCAUAACGCAAAUGAAGCUGUGUGCCGGUGCAUCCAGCAUAAUCAUCACAAUGAUCCUACAAAUAUAGGUAUUGAUGACAACGUUAAACAACACGUCAUCAGGUGUCCCUCCAACAAACAGGCCCAAUAUGUAGGCGACUCCAACCAAAACCAGAGACUGAGCAUUGUGUUUCCGUUAUCCACGCCGCAGGUCGGCAUUGAGAAUGUUAGGGAAACAUUCCAAUUUGUUUGUAAAAGUUCUUGUCCGGCACCAGGAAUGCAGCGUAGAGCCACCGAAGUGAUUUUCACUUUGGAAGAUGAACUCGGUAGAAUCCUGGGACGUAAAUGUCUUCAAGUGCGCGUUUGUUCUUGCCCUAAAAGGGACAAGGAUAAGGAAGAAACCGAGGCUCAAAAGGCUAAUAAUGGAACAGCUCCUAGAGGUAAAAAACGGAAGGUCGAACAUCCCCCACCUGCGUCUUCUGCUAAAGUUUUGAUGCCUCAGCCAGAUGCUUCAAGGUUUUUUCAGCUCAAUAUGCAAUUAUUCGGAAAAAAUUGUUUGGUGGAUAUAAUGAAUUUUGCUGAAAAAACUUAUUAUUAUGAGCUUGGUCUGCAUCGUGGUAUGCCAGAGGAGGCAGCUUUGAGGGACAGUUUGGCUAAAGUACAAGAAGUAAAAAAACAAUUAUCACAGUAAACUGCGUCAAUUUUUUUCCUCUAUAUUAAUUUCAUAUUAUUAUAUACUACUUAUAUAUUUUUAAUGUAUUCUCAUCAUAUUUUAUACAAUAUUUCUUAAGUUUAUUGUAUGCCUUAUUUUUCCGAUUUCUUCAAAUUGUGUGCCAUUCCAUUUUUGUUUGUUCUAUUGAAUUUCCAUGGACACUUGAAACUCUGCUACAAGUCUAUGGAAAUUCAAUAAUAUAAGUAAGUACCUGAAAUUUUUCCCUUUUGUAUGUGCACUUGUUUUUAUACACUUUGUCCAAGUGUUUUUUCCAAAUUUAUGGGCAUUUGUGAGCUGAAGGUGCAAUUAUUCUAUUAUUAUUUGUUUCUGCAUAAGUAUAAAACAUUUAAGUUUAUUACGAAGUUCUACACAGUUAUUCUCCUAGUGAUUUUUAUAGAGCAUUAUGACUUUUAGGAUAAAAUAAUUUGUUUUUAAGUUACUGUGCUCAUUUAGAUUAUAAGGUAAAAUUAUUAAGUUUAUGUUUAUCAUAGUAGGAACUUACAUAUCCUGCAAUAUUAUAUUAUGUAUUAUUAGUUUUUAAGAAUCUGGAAGUUAUCAAAAUAGUUAUUUUUGUCAGAAGUACUUAAAAUUGCUGUUUAGCUACUGAAUAGCAGAUGAGUCCUGAAAAACUUCGUUUAGGUACGUGUGACAAACACUAUUUUUUGUCAUACGCUUUUUAGAGUUCUUCAGAACGGUAAAAUUUGCAAAAUUUCCUUAAUUUUUGAAAUCAUAAAGGUGCAUCCUGAGACAAAAAAAAAAUCCUAAAAAGAAGCAUUUUACGGACUUGAAUGAGUCCGUGAAAUAGCUGUUUUUGGGAGCGUAUGACAAAAAUAUGAUAUUGUAUUUGUUUCCAAUGGAAACAUGCUAUUUUUGUACCUUUUGAAUAAAAUUGAAUUUCGUAUUUUGCUAA